UUUAGUGAGCUUUAAAUAAUUAUUAUUGUUUAAACUUGUAACUGUGUAUGAAUAAACGUUUCUAGAAUAAGUGCCUUAAGUGUUUUCAAGAUGUCGAAUUCAGAAAGUGAAUUAAAAGAUUUGCAAAAGAGAAAUAACGAAUUAGUUCAAAAACUUCAACAUUGGAAGAUGAUUGCAGCUAAAAGGGAAAAUGAAAAGAUAAAACUGAUGAAAGAGGCUAGUGAGUUAAGGCUAAAGCUUAGUAUGCUAAGAAGCAACGGCACCACAAACGCUCGUAAAUUGGAUGCGGCCAUACAAUCGGCUGUCGAGGAGGCCCUAUCACACCUCGUGCACGCAUCAAACGCAGUGGCGCGCGUCUCCGAAUUAGCAAAAAGCUACAUGCAAGACAGAGAGAACCAGGAGUCUGUGAUGCCUCGCUGGAGCAAUCUUAGCAAUACGCCCUCCCCGGACAAGGUACAUAGGGUACCUCCGAUGAUGCUCGGCGGGAAGUCCAUACAGCCAGUGGUGUCGUUGAGCAGGACAUUGUUUGCUAGUAAUAAUAAUAGUAGCAAUUGGCCAGAAAGUAGGACAACUAAUUCAAAUCUGAAUGGUCUUAGGCCCAUGCCCAUGCAUAUGCUACAAGAUGUGUAUAUACCAUUGACGAGGAUAGAUGCAGAGGAACUGAAUAGAAAUAAUGGAGACGCAGAGGAGAUCGCUAAUAAUAGUGCUCACGAAAUUGACGGGAUGGGUUUGAAUGAAAGCGAUGACAGAAUAAUUGAGGAGGAACCAAACAUUUCAGGAGAAUUUGAAGACUCACGAAGAUUGCAUGCUGUUGCUGAAGAAUCAGAUGAAAAUGAAAUCACACCACAGAGAAGUAGACUGGACAACCCAUUGGAAGGACCCAGCUGGUUACUGGAUGAACCCAAUGAUAAAGUUAAUAUGCGUAGAGGAAGGAAUCGCAUGAGCAUAGCGCCUGAUAUCAUGGAGUAUGACGAUAUGCCGACAAACCAACACAAUGACAGCGAUACAGAGUGCGCGUUGGGGGCGGAGCGGCGCAAGCGCGCGUCGUCCCCGCACCCCGCCACCCCGCGCUCGCCCCACUUCUCGCCGCGCAGGCGCUACAGCAACAAUGGCCGCGUACUCAAAGUGCUAGUCGCCAAAAUGCGUCUCGACGAAGACGACGAGGUACCGGCGAAACGGCAAAUGGUAUCCACACCGCAAAGCUUCUCCCCACGAGCUUCCACUUCUCAGAACACAAGCCACUUCAAACAAAGUUUUACUAAGAGACAGGAUUCAGAAAAUUCCGAAACACAAUCCCCAGUUUUAGGGAACUUCUCGAAGAAGCAAGAGUUGCGAGAUUCCGAUACACAGUCGCCAAUUUUAAGUAAUUUCUCCAAGAGACGGGAUUCCGGGGGUUCGGGAAAUCAGUCCCCGCUUGUGAGGGCUAAACGGUCUGUGUCCCGGGACAGGGUGAAACUGUCCCGGGAGUUGGAUGGUAGCGGGGAUUCCCCGGAUGUGAGAUUACGAAGGCUCGAGCGGUUCCCGUCGUUUGACGCGCCCAGCCCUAACGGGUCUACGGACGCUAGGGUUAUUGUGUCCGAAUCGUCAGACCCGUGUUCGCACGUGGCCCGUCGGGUCAAACGCAACAACAGCAACAACAGCAACGACAGCCACGGCAACAACAGCAACAGCGACCCCGUGAGCGACAGCAGCAGCGACUUGUUGAUAGAGACAAGAACGAGGCGGGCGCGGAAACAGAUUGUUUAUAAGGAGAAACCGUUGAAUCGGAAAAUGCGAAGGUGAUGGCGUCUUAUAGCUUCGUUCUGUGCCGCGACUGCAUUCAUCCUAUAGCCUUACUUUGUUAGAGAAUAUUUAUUUAUUACAUUUUGAUGAAACCCUA